AAAAGAAAAAUAAGAUAUAUACGUUCUAGAGGGUUACACAUAAAUUUGAAAAUCUUUUUUAUUGAUAAAUUCAAUUAAAAGUGAAUUUAUUGAUGAUAUUAGAAAACUCAUUGUUUAUGAUAUAAUGAGAACUUCACAUGAGAGAGAUUUACUUUGGAUGAGUCAAUUUGAUUAAAUAUUUGUGUUUUAAUAUUUCUGGUCCUUUUUUAUCUAUCAUAGAAUCAGAGAUAUGAAUUAAAGUUGUCAUAAAUAUAAGACUGUUGCGUGUUUCACAGUUUACCCUGAUUAUUCGAUUAAACUGUUAUUGAAUUACAAUAUAAUAGCAAUGUCUCGUGAAUAAUAAUAGUUCAAUCAAUGUUACGUAUCAAAAUAGUAUAGUAAACGAGUUCAAGAGUGGUGAUACUUAUUAUGCGUCUCGAAGUGUUGUUUUAAAACUUCUUGCUAACUUAAAGAAGUAGAGAACGUUUAUGCGAUUAGAGACAGCGAGAUAUAAUGAAACGAAUUGAUAUAAGAGAAAAAGAAAAAUAUCUCUAAGAAAAAAGUUUCAAAGAAGAUAAAAAAUUAUGUAGAUCUAAUUUAAAGAAAAGUAUAACACCAAGAAGAGAAGAUAAAGAAGAAAAAAGGAAAGAAGAGAUUUUCUUCGAUCGUAUAGUUUCGAUCAAGGAUAAUAUAAUACGCCUACGAGAAAAUCCUGGAAUAAGUUGGCGCCGUUUAUGAGGAUCUUAUGUGCGACGUGGAGAACAAGUUGCCGAUUGAAAACGAAAGAGAAGGAAGAAUGCAAAGGGAGGAACGUGAUAAGAUAGAGUAGGUAGUAGUCAUGAGAGCUCGUUCGUUCUUCACGCUCGCUUCGUGGCCUUUUAGUAGUCGGCUGGUUGGCGAGUUUCGUUCCACGAAGAAGCGCGACAGUUUCGUGUGCGUGUCUCAUCGUGACUCUCGUGGCACGAACUCGAACGUGAGUGCACGAGGAGAAUGCAUCGUGUUGGAAUAAAACGUUUCGAGUUCCUCGAUUCUCUGAUCGUUCUCUCAUUGUUGCUCGCUUCUUUGAUCGACGAUACCGGGGGCGUCUGGAAAAGACGAGAGGACAAAACGAAAUGUCCAAGAGUCAAGGGAAUACGAAACUUUGAUAUAACGGAGCAGAACGUUGGUCGGACAGAGUUUCUCGGAUCGUGGUACAUUGUGCAGUAUUAUGCUAGCUCCGAGGAAGCUCUCAUUUAUAGAUGUAUGAGAGCCGAAUUGUCGGUGUCGUCUGAAAGCGCAGAAGUUACUAUGAAUUUCACGUAUAGUUUUACCGAUGAUCCGAUCAAUGAACAACUCGUUGGUAAUAUCACAUGGAAAAUUCCUUCACCUGAGCUUCCAGCACAUUGGGUUCAUGCGGAAUUUCCCUAUGAAGAAAUAUAUAACACUUAUAUAUUGGAUUCCGAUUAUAAAACUUGGGCCUUACUGAUGCACUGUGCCGAAAAAAAUAAGAGUCCCCGUUAUUUGUCUAGUUUCAUUAUGAGUAGACAGCCUAGUCUAGGGGUAAAUGUAAUUUCUUAUCUUCGUGAAAAAUUACCGAAGUAUGAUAUAGAUUUGGAGUAUAUGUUUCCUAUGGAACAAAAACAAUGCAAUCAAACGGAUAUACCGCCAUACAGUAUAUCUUUCGUUCCAAUAUCGACGGACAAGAAAAUUAAUUCUAGCAGAAGACAUUUAUUAAAACGAAAACACAGACGGCUUUAAAAUACGAUUAAAUAAUUAAUUAUGUUCAUACAUAUGUAUAUCGCAUUAUAUUAUAAUUACAGGAAUGACGACGAUACUUUAAGUUAAUCAGUUAUCAAUUUAAUUAUUAUAUUCAAAUAAUAUAUCUUUUUUUAUUUAUAAUUAUAUAAUUGUAAUAAAGCGUUA